AUGUCACAUAACGUCGUUUUCGUCACUGGUGCUACCGGCUCCCAAGGAUCCGCUGUUGCAAGAUUACUCCUUGAGCUUGGUUGGACCGUACGCGCCACGGCUCGAAACAUGGAGUCUCCUGCCGCCAAGAGACUACAAGACCAAGGUGCUGAAGUUAGCCCUGGCGACUGGGACAAUGAAGCAGUCAUCAGAGAGGUCCUCAGCGGAUGCACACACGUAUUUAUGAAUCUUGUACCAAAUAUCACAACAUUUACCUCGGAGGUACCAGUAGCGAAACGCAUCAUCGACAUAGCGAGGACAGCAGGCGUCAAACAUAUGAUUUACUCCAGCGGUAUGUCCAUCAAGGACAUGGAGAAAGACAAAUACCAUGACCCAGAACACCCUGUUGGACGUGCCCAUGGACGGAAGAAAGAAGUUGAAAAUCUCGUCAGGGCCGCCGGUUUCGAGACGUGGACAAUUCUUCGAGGGGGUUUCUUCAUGUGUAACUUCCUGGCGCCUAAAGUCAAUAUCAUGUGCUCUGGUCUCGUAGCUAGCAACACGUGGUCAACUGCCUACACACCCGAGGAAGAGCUACCAGUCAUGGAUGUCGAGGACCUUGCGAAGUUUGCUGUGGCGGCUUUUAGUGAGCCAGGCCGCUUCAAUAGGCAGACCAUCGAAAUUGCAAGUGAGAAGCUCUCGCCAGAUGAGAUCAUGCAACAACUGGGCCAAGCAAGUGGAAAGCCUUUGAAAGCUGUUUACCUAACUGAUGAAGAGAUCGAGGUGAAGAAGAAUGAGGAUAUCUUUGUUGCUGUACAACUGAUGUCCAGAGGCUUGGGAGACAAAGUCGAUAUAGGAGAAGUUGACGGUUGGGGGAUCCAUUUGACAACCUUCAAGGAGUUCCUUGAGAGGGAACGCUCCUGGGCUGAAAGAACUUUCGCAUGA